AUGGUCCAAGCAGCCAACAAGACUCCUCCUUCGGCACCCGAUCAAUCUUCUCGGUUUUUACGUCUUACUUUCACUCAAGGGGUACUUGUUGGCCAACUUUCUCUUAUCAUCGUGGUGAUCUUGUUUGUUAGGUAUGUAAUCUUCGAAGAUCCGGAAGCUGCUCGUCACAAUCGACGUCAUAAGGCAGGUUUUUGUUUCCCUGUCGGAAUGAAACCUCGUCGAUCGUCCAUCAUCUCUUCUCGCCGAAAUCGACCCUCACUUGCGGAUCGAAAUGUAAAACCACUCGUACCUGACGUCUUAUCCAAACUAUCUUAUGAUCUUUCAACUCAUCCACCCGAGACAGCAGACUGGCUCAACGUUUUGGUCGCUCAAGCCAUUGUAGCAUAUCGUAGUUUAGUUCAUGGUGAACUUGAUGAAGAAUCGGCUUCUUCCUCUAGAGGCGAAAAAGCAAAAAGGAUGGUCGAAGAGGCUCUUAACUCAGUCAGAGAUGGUGAGCCAGGCUUUAUCAGUAUUGAUUACAUCACCGUCACUGAGGUGGACUUUGGUGAUCAAUUUCCUUUGUGCACAAACGCACGUGUGAGACCUGCUGAUGAAACUGGAAGAAUGAGGAUUGAGGUGGAUGUGGAUUACUCGGAUCACGUUACACUUUCGAUUGAAACAAAGGUCGUUAUCAACUUUCCAACUUCCCGCUUCGCUGUGUUGCCUGUCUGCUUGGGUAUCACUUUGAAUCAACUUUCGGCCACUGUUAUGGCUGAAAUACCCCCUGUGGCUAUUCCACUACCUGUCGAACAUGAUCCUGCUGCACCUACACCGGCGAUACUGCUCUCCCUUGAUCCAGAUUUCACACUUUGCAUGUCGACGACAUCUUUAUUAGGAGCUCGAGCAAAACUCGAAGAUAUUCCAAAAGUUGAACAACUGAUCUUAGGACGACUACGAGGUUGGAUUGUGGAUAAUUUAGUAUGGCCUAAAGUUCGAGUUCUUAAACUACCGGGUGUGGGUAGUAAAGGAGCAGUAGAGAAUGCCGAAAACGGAACAGGAGAAUAUGUUUGGGUAGAAAGUGAAGCGAUGCCAGUUGAAAAGCCUGUAAAACCUACUAGCACACUUACACCUGAAGCUGAUGAAGAUAUCUCAUCAAUACCUACCAGUCUUUCAACAUCAAGUCUUGAUCAACAUACCACAGCAGUGGAUUAUACUGUCACCCAUUUAUCUGAUGUUGUACCAUCUCAUCCGCCUCGUUCGACUCGAUAUCGAUCUAAUUCUACUUCUUCACGACCUAUGAGACCAUCUCUUCAAUUACCUAAUGAAUUCACAACUCCACCUCAAUUAAACCGAACAGGAAGACCUGAUAAUUAUCCUUCUACAUUCCAAUCGAAUUUGACUUCAGAAAAGACUUUAUCCGAUAGUUUCCCAUCCAAUCAACGUAAUCCAAUCUUAAGACACUCUACUUCGAUGAUGGUCCCCAACCCCAAUCAAAUCUAUAGAGCAGCCUUUGCGAAUAGUAAUCAUCAUCAUCAUCCAAGUGGAAAUGAAUCGAUCUCAUCAUCUAAUUUGUCUUCAUCAGAAAGAUGGACACAAGGAGCUGGAGGGAUUUGGGGAAUGUCUUUAGGACUCUCUCAACAUGGAAUCAAUCAAGGUGGUAGGGAUGGAACUUAUGGGAUUAGAGAAAGAGUUAAAGAGAUCGAAAGGAUUAAAGCAUUAAAAGCUACUACAUCUAAUUCUCCUGCUCCUCCAAAUCAUUCAAAUCAUUCAAAUCAUUCAUCUCAUGAUGUUUUUAGUGAUUGA